AUGGCCGCUUCGCGACCUCUCGUGAGUGUGUACGAUGAAAAAGGACAAUCAACAGGAAAAUCAGUCGUUUUACCAGCCGUUUUUCGUGCUCCAAUUCGUACUGAUAUUGUUAAUUUUGUUCAUGAUCAAAUGAGACGUAAUAAACGACAAGCCCAUGCUGUCAGUGAUAAAGCUGGUACCAGACAUUUUUUUCUUGUUUCUAUUCAAAUGUAUUAUUUUAUUUGUUCGUUAGGUGAACAAACAUCUGCUGAAUCAUGGGGUACUGGCCGUGCUGUAGCUCGUAUUCCACGUGUACGUGGUGGUGGUACACAUCGAUCAGGUCAAGGUGCAUUUGGUAAUAUGUGUCGUGGUGGUCGAAUGUAUGCACCAUUAAAAGUAUGGCGUAGAUGGCAUAGAAAAAUUAAUUUAAAACAACGACGUUAUGCACUUGUUAGUGCUAUAGCUGCAUCUGGUAUUCCAUCACUUGUUUUAGCUAAAGGUCAUAGUAUUGAAACUGUACCAGAAAUUCCAUUGGUUUUAUCGGAUAAAAUUCAAGAUUUAAAAAAAACUAAAGAAGCUGUCGCAGUUUUACGUAAAGUUGGUGCAUGGUCCGAUAUUCUUAAAGUUUAUGCAUCAAAACAUACACGUGCUGGUAAAGGAAAAAUGCGUAAUCGACGAACAGUAAUGAAACGUGGUCCAGUUAUUAUUUAUGAUAAAGAUAAUGGUCUUAAAAAAGCUUUUCGUAAUAUUCCAGGUGUAUCUUUAUUAAGUGUUGAACGAUUGAAUUUACUUCGUAUGGCACCAGGUGGUCAUGUUGGUCGAUUUGUUAUUUGGACAGAAUCAGCCUUUAAAAAACUUGAUGCACUCUAUGGUACAUGGAGUAAAAAGUCUCAACUUAAAGUUGAUUUCAAUCUUCCACAACCAAUGAUGACAAAUAGUGAUUUAGGACGUUUACUUAAAGCAUUUGAAAUUCAAAGUGUACUUCGUGCACCAAUAAAACGUCAAGCACGUCGUAAAGUGAAGAAGAAUCCAUUGAAGAGUAUUGGUUUAAUGUCAAGACUUAAUCCAUAUGCAGCUGUACAAAAACGUCAAACACUUUUACAACAACUUAAAGGACGACGUACAGGCACAACAGCUGAAUCAAAAGUUGCAGCUCGUAAAUUACGCACUCAUGCAUCAUUAAAAGCUAAACGAUUAUCAGGUGUUAAUUUAGCCAAAAAAACUAAACAACAAAAAGAUGGAGCUACUACAACAACUACAAAGACAAAAACAACUGUAUCAACAAAAUCUUCGUAG